AUGCAACUCGAACCGCUGCUACUCGAGAAAACCCCAAGUAGCCAAAAGAUCCCAGCGCUGUCGGAUUUCGGCGGUGAUGCCGAAGAGGCUCGCCUCAAAAUGCUUAGCACUUCAGUCUCUCGUGUGAAGGAAAACGUUUCAAACUUCCUCUCGCAAUUCCAGUCCCAAUCAACCCUCCUCAAGUCCACGCGCAACCAACUCACACACACCUCGUCCGAGUUUAAGAAGCUCAAAGACCGCUUCGCCGUGCAGUCCAGCGAGCUCGACGAUCUCCGCACCGCGAACGAAAAGCUUAAAGAUGAACUGACCCAAGCGCAAAUAUCUCACAAGCGCAAACUCGAACAAGUCGAGGAAGAAACCCACAAGCGCAUCAAGCGGUACGAAGCGUGCAUGGACGAGUGCGAUGCGCUCCUGAAGGAAGUGAUGAGCUCGUACAAGAAAGCGCAGGAUGAGGAAGAAAGGUGCGCUGCUGAUGACGCCGUCGCGCAAUGCAACGUUGAGGCCGCUGGUACUCACCGUAUGUUGCAUACUGCUGACGGCGAUGGCGAUAUGAAGAGCAUUGGGGAUGAGGCGGGGACUGAAAAGGACGGGAAUGGAGAUGUUGAGGAGGAGGAGCUCAACGAAGGCAAAAACGACCCUGAGAAUAACGGCACUCAAAAACAAGGUUCGGAACCCAUCCUCGUCUUGGACCGUGACGAUACCCCUCCCCCGGCUACGGACAACACUGAUCAAAAUGAGCCCGUCAAAUACCAACCCAUUGAGGACCAAAAAGUCGUUUUCAAGUUCACCCAAAACCUCGAAAGUUUCAAAAUCGACGGCGACGACGAAGACGAGGCCGAGGGCGAAGACGAGGACGAGGACGAGGAGUUGCUCGAUGAGGAAUAUCUUGAUGAGGAAGAAUAUUUCGAGGCCGGCGAAAUGGACGUGUACCCCGACAAGUUCGACAAGCCAGACAAGCCCGUCAAGCACAAACAUGCAGACCGGGAUUUGAGGCGCUUUGAGAAGCAUGAGGGCAGAUCAGACUACUCAUACCAACGCCGUUUCUGAGCAUUUGCAUCGCGCCGCACGUGUGUCCUCACCAAGUGUUCUCCCGUGCGAUUGAUCGCCUGAAUUAGGGCCAAAACUUGAGGAAUUCGUCCUUUAUCAAGUGAACCGAACAGCAACCCUGCAGUCUGCAUUUGACUGCAAUCCUGAUACCUUCAAUACCAACCAUCGAUGUACUGUAGCCCGCUAUCAUAAUGGCGUAUUGGCUGUUUUAGUUUAGUUUAGUUUCGCAAUGGAGUUGUACAGCUUCGACAUCUGAGGCGAAAAAGUGUGUAGUUGUAAAUCAAAGUGA